CGUUUUACUAUUGAAAGGUCGGAGAUAUUGAAAUAUGAAAAUGUAAUGAAAUGAAAUUGAAAACAUUCCAUAAUACUUGUCAGAGGUUGUAAAAUAUUGUACAUACCUGCAGCACGAAUUGCUUGAACUUGAAGUAAAAAAGAGUUCUUCAAAAUGAGUUCCGGAUUUAUAUCGGAAUCAGAAAUUUUGGAGGCUCGGCGUCGUCGACAAGAAGAAUGGGAAAAAGUCCGCACUGAAGAUCAGCCUAAAGAGGCCCCAGAGGAGCCUUAUGAUACUCGACCACUCUAUCAACGAUUGGAAGAACAGAGGCUUAAAAAAGAAGCUGAAUUUGAAGAGGCACACAAACUUAAGAACAUGAUAAGAGGUCUGGAUGAUGAUGAAGUAGGUUUCCUUGACUUGGUUGAGAGGACAAAAGCAGAAGUUGCACAACAGAUUAGCAUUGAGGAGAAGAAAGAGAUGCAGGAGUUUCGAGAGCGAGUGUCAAACCUGGCAGAGAGUGAGGAAAUAAUUCGCCUCCGUGCGCAAUUAGCACCCGCAAGGACUACACCAGCUGCAGCUCAAAAACAGAAGAAUAAAUUGCAGGGUGUUGUUGUAAGAAAGAGGAAAGCGAGUGAAAUGGAUGGAGAAAAAGACAAGGACACUGCACCACAGAAAAAUGGAGUUGAUAGUGUAAGCAAUAUAGUAGUGCAGUCAGAGACAUUGGGAGCGAUGAGGUCUGUUGCGGUGUUACCUGGUCUGGGCCAUUACACGGACACAUCCACUGACACUGAUGACUCAUCGGAUGAUGAGCAUGAAAAAUGUGUAAAGAGAGAUCUACUUGGAAGGAGACCGGAGCAAGUAGCAGAUAAAAGAAAAGAUGAUUCAUGUUAAACAUUUUAAGAUUCUGCAUGUCGCGGUCUAGUGCGCCUCACCACCUAACGGCUAAACAAAUCUGGAUGUAUUUAAUGACAUCUCGAUUUUACUAUGAGAGGCCAUAAUAGAAUAUCACAGUUAUUACACAGAUAGCAGUCUGGAUAGUAUUUUUGAAAAAUGAUUUUUGUAUGGGGUAACAAAUGUCAAUACAAAUAUAAUUUUACAGUAACAGUGAUUUGUAGCAGUUAUUAAAUAUACCAGCACCCAGAAUGUACCCGAGGUAUAUACUUGUAACAUUAUAAAAUUCAAUUUUCAUUGGUAUGUUACAGCAUUAGGCAUUUAAUUAUUAAAUACUGUUUUGUUCUGUGAUGUACAUAAUUUCUAAUUGGAAUUGUUAUUUUUUAAUGUAAUAAAGUUUUACAUUUG